AUGAUAUUAAUUGACACGUUGCUUACAUAUUGCAACGAAAGUUUGAAUGAAACUGUAAGAGAUGACUUUGGAUGCCUUCGAGUUACUGUUCUACCUGUUCUACCGUGCAUAUUCUUCUGGCUCUUACUGCCAGUCUUUUGCGCACUGAUUUGUCGUAUACGACUAAAUGGAGGAAUGCGUUCUCAACCGCUGCCAUGGACUGCACUGUUGAUUACUAAAACUGUAUUAAUGAUAUGCUUAUUAGCAAGCGCAUUUGCAAGGCUUGUCAUUAACCUGCAUAAUAAUGAAAGAGGUGUAAAUAUAUUGCUUACUGAUUUGCUGUAUCCAGCCAUUACUACAAUUACUAUGUUGGGCUUAUUUUGUUGUAUUUUAACGGCACGGAAAAAUGGAAUGAUCACUUCUGGGAUAAUACAUAUUACUUUGAUACUCUUCGUACUGUGUGACUUUCCGGAAUAUUUCUUUGAAUGGCAAGAAAUUAGCGGUUUUAUGUCAAUGCAAAACAUAGAUAAAGCUCGUUUUCUCGUCUGUCACUUGUGGUAUCCAUUUGUUACCUUUCAAGCCUUCUUGUUUUCAUUUGCCGAUUAUCGAGCGCCAUUCUUGACGGAAGCAAGGAAGCAACUGAAUUUGUCACCUGAACUGUAUAGCUCAUUCCUGAAUCGUUUGUCACUCUGGUGGUUUACAACAAUUCAGUUGCUUGGUGCUCGAAAAACAUUGGUUACUAAUGAUUUAUAUCAACUUAAUGAGGGUAGCACUGCCGAAUAUUUAUCUACCAAAUGGGAAGAACUGUGGAAUCCUGCUAUUGAGGAUUAUCGUAGAAGACAGAAAAUUUAUGAAAGUACAUUGCAAAACGACAACACUUCUAAAUGCUCUAAAAAAGAAAACAGACCGGAACCACCAUCAGUCGUGUGGCGAUUAUUUCUAAUGUUUCGUUUUGAAAUUUUAUCAGCAACAGCUAUUAAAAUCCUAUCUGAUAUGAUGCAACUUGCUAAUCCAUUUUUUCUCAACUUAUUGCUAAAUUACAUUUCAACUAAGGAUCGUAUCUUCAUGGAAGGCAUUACCUAUGCAGUGGCAAUGUUUGUAUGCGUUGAACUUCGCUCAUUUCUCCUCAAUUACUACUUUUACCUGAUGAUGCGAGUGGGUACCAAAAUUCAGUCCACAUUAAUUGCUGCUAUUUAUCGGAAGACUUUGAGGCUGUCGAAUUCAGCCCGAAGAGCUAGGACAGUGGGUGAGAUUGUGAAUUUAAUGGCAAUUGAUGUGGAGAGCUUUCAAUCUAUUACAGCAUACGUACAGCAAUUCUGGUCAUCUCCAUUUCAGAUUAUGCUUGUCUUAAUAUAUCAUUUCUUUACCAUUGGAGCAUCAGCUGCUUGUGACAUUAUUGUCAUGACUCUGUUCUUGCCAUUAAAUAUUAUUACUUCAAUUAUUGUCAAAAAAUGGCAGACCGAACAAAUGAAUUUGAAAGAUCAACGAUUGAAAAUUUGUAAUGAAAUAUUGAAUGGUAUAAAAGUAAUCAAAAUGUAUUCGUGGGAACCACCAAUGGAAAAAGCUGUUGAGAGAAUUAGAAGCAAAGAGCUCUAUUUGAUUAGGAAAAUGGGUCUAACUAGGGCUCUCAUCGAUACUUUUAACAUUUCUUCACCAUUCUUUGUAGCGGUGUUAUCAUUUGCAACAUACACAUUGUCAAGUUCCACUCAUAUCCUUACACCACAAAUUGCUUUUGUUUCAUUAACUCUUUUUAAUCAGCUACGUUCACCAAUGGCAAUGAUCGCAUAUCUGAUGAAACAGGUAGUAGAGGCAGCAGUAGCGAAUAAACGGAUUAAAAGUUUUUUGGUGGCAGAUGAACUAAAUCCAUUAACUAUUGAUCUCAUCACUGAUCAAUUUGGUGGCGGAAAUGCAGUGGAAAUUCGAGAUGCUUGUUUGAGUUGGAAUGUUGGAGGACUGGAAACUGUGUUAGAAAUCGAUUAUUUAACGAUACCAAAGAGAUCUCUAAUUGCAGUGGUUGGAAGAGUUGGAAGCGGCAAAAGUUCUCUUCUUAGUGCCAUUCUAGGUGAGAUGGAGAAAUUGAAAGGUUGCAUUGGUGUGUCUGGCCAAAUAGCCAUUGUUAGCCAAGAACCGUGGAUUCAGAAUUCAAAUCUUCGAGAUAAUGUAUUAUUUGGAAAACAGUUUGACCAAAAGUACUACGAUAAAAUUAUGGAAGCCUGUGCUUUAGUGAAAGACUUAGCAAUUUUACCAAACGGCGAUGCUACUGAAAUUGGUGAAAAAGGUAUCAAUUUGUCCGGUGGUCAGAAAGCUCGAGUUGCUCUUGCUCGGGCGGUUUAUCAAAACCGUGAUAAUUACCUGUUGGACGAUCCACUAUCAGCAGUAGACAGCCAUGUUGGAAAACAUAUUUUUGAAAAGGUAAUUGGUCAUAAUGGAUUACUGCGACAUAAGACAAGAAUUUUGGUAACAAAUAAUUUGGUACAUCUGAAUAAAGUUGAUAUUAUUGCUUAUAUGCAAGAUGGUAAGUUAGCAGCAUUUGGUCCAUAUAAACAAUUACUCGAGCAAUCCGAGAAUUUCUUAAAAUUUAUUGAAGCAUGCAGGAGUGAAAAUGAAAAAGAACAAGAAUUGGAAAGUGAAAGUGCAACGAGUAAUUUGGAUGACAGUUCACACUCGAACAAAUACGAGGAAUCUGAAUCUGAGGAUGUUAAUAAGGAAAGUACCGCCAGACGAAUUUCGACUCUAUCAGUAUUGGAUCAAGGAUCGUCACGCAUUUCCCAUCAUCCUUCCAUAGCGGAAUCGCUUUUUGAAUCUUCGAUUGAUCCGAUCAGUAGUAGUGAGAAGGGAAAAGUAGGAAAGAUGACUGAAGUUGAGAAAGUCAAAGUUGGCAGGGUCAAAUUUGAUGUUUACAAGCAAUGGGACGUGGAUUAUGGCUAUCUGAAUGUGUUUUAUUUUGCAAAAUUACAAUUUUUUUGGUCAAAUGUAAAUGAAACGACGUUAAAUGGUUCGUCGAUGAAGCAACUUUCUCUUGGAAUACGUCUUGGCAUAUAUGUUACUCUUGGCUUCAUUGAAGGCUUAUGUUUCUUUGGUGCGGUGGUAUUUUUGGUGAUAAGCGGGCUUCGAGCAUCAGAAAAUCUCCAUACUCCUUUAUUACACCGUUUGUUGCGUUCAUCAAUGUCAUUCUUUGAUACAACACCUAUCGGACGUAUUUUAAAUAGGCUUGGCAAGGAUAUCGAUGUGAUUGAUCAGUCACUGCCAAUAAGUUUUCGCUACUUCAUUUACUGCAUUGAAAACGUUAUGACCAUAUUAAUUAUAAUAAUUAUAUCGACACCUAUUUUUGUCGUUACUAUUAUACCUCUUGCACUUUUCUAUUAUUUUUCUCUGUAUUUCUACCUUCCAACUUCGCGGCAGAUGAAACGAUUAGAAAGUAUCAAUCGUUCGCCAAUUUAUCAACAUUUCGAAAAAACAGUUCGUGGACUUAUGUAUAUAAGAGCUUUUGAAAAGGUGCAAGAAUUCUGCAAGUUAAUGGAAACACACAUUGAUUGUUUCAUGCGUUGUAAAUAUUCUAACAUUUUAUCGAAUCGCUGGUUAGCAGUACGAUUGGAGUUUAUCGGGAAUUGUGUCGUACUUUGUGCAGCGUUGUUUGCAGUUCUCUCGCAGCAUUGGGGAGCUGCAUUGAGUGCUGGAAUUGCAGGACUUAGUGUUAGCUACGCUCUAAAUAUUACGGAAGCGCUAAAUUUUGCUGUACGAUAUAUCAGUGAAUUGGAAAUGAAUAUAGUAGCUGUUGAACGCAUAAAAGAAUAUGCUGAGAUAGCAACCGAAGCAGAAUGGAGAGUCGAUCACUUCAAACCAGAGAAAGAUUGGCCUUCAGAAGGACAGAUAUUAUUAAAAAACUAUUCAACGCAGUUUAAUCCCAACUUUGAUUUGGUUUUACGUCAGUUGAAUGCUUCCAUUGCGCCAGCUGAAAAAAUUGGCGUUGUUGGUCGUACAGGCGCAGGUAAAAGUUCCUUAACAUUAGCAUUGUUCCGAAUUAUUGAACCCAUCCAAGGUGCAAUUAUUAUUGAUGGCGUCGAUAUUUCACUUAUAGGCUUGCAUGACCUUCGCUCGAAUCUUACAAUUAUUCCACAGGAUCCCGUCCUAUUUUCGGAAACACUCCGAUUUAAUUUGGAUCCAUCUCAGGUCUAUUCUGAUCAAGAAAUAUGGGCAUCUUUGGAGUUGGCUCAUUUGAAAGCAUUUGUAUCAAGUCUUCCUGGAGGUUUGCAGUAUCAGAUUAGCGAGGGAGGCGAGAAUAUUAGUAUUGGACAACGACAACUCAUUUGUUUGACUCGUGCACUUCUUCGCAAGAGCAAAGUCAUAAUCUUAGAUGAAGCUACAGCUGCUGUAGAUUUAGCAACUGAUUUAUUAAUUCAGGAAACAGUUCGUCGUGAAUUCCAUAGCUCAACUGUUCUAACCAUUGCACAUCGUUUGAAUACCAUAAUCGAUUGCGACAGAAUAAUAGUUCUUGAAAAUGGCUCAAUUCGAGAAUUUGAUUCACCACAGAAUUUACUCGCCAGUCGCUCUUCAAUCUUUUUCUCUAUGAUGACCUUUCAAAUAAAAGGAAAAUUGCACAGUGACCGUCCGUUAUUAUUAAUAGGAAUUAUAUUUGGAAUGAACAAGACAUAUGAAGUUUUCACCGCUGGACAUAUAGAUUUGCCUUAA